CCCGCGGCGCGAGGCACUCUCUUCUCCUCCGUCGCCGCCACUGCCGCCGCCGCAAGACCCCUGCGCGCCGCGCUUCUCCCGCCCUUGGGCCCUGCGCGUCCUCCACCCCGGUGGCCCCUGAGAAGAACGAGAGGGCGAGCGAGCGCGGCGCUCCCGGGCCGGCCCGGCCCCCUCCCGUCACCAUCGCCGGCCCUCCGCCGCCUUUCUCCGCUUCCACCUUUUCUCCCCCCCCCCCAAGUUGAGGCCCCCUCGGGGGGGGAGGACCGAGACCAGGAGCGAAUUCCCCUAACUCCCUCAACCUCAACCCUUCCCCUUCACCUGGCCCGAGUGAGAGGAGAAGGCCCCGGCCAGCGUCGUGUGUGAGGACACGGGCCGGCCCACGGGCCGUCUUGGGCCUUGUCUGGCCCGCUGGGUGUGUGAAGACCGGGCCCCGGUGCGGCCCGGCCCGAGGGCGAGCCGAGGGGAGGGGCCUGGUCCGGCUCCGCCGGUGCGUGAGGACUGGGGCCCCGGCCCGGCCCGGCGCCGCCGCCGCCGCCGCCGCGAUGGCCCAGCAGCAGAUGACCAGCUCGCAGAAGGCCCUGAUGCUGGAGCUGAAAUCCCUGCAGGAGGAACCAGUGGAGGGCUUCCGGAUCACCCUGGUGGAUGAGUCCGACCUCUACAACUGGGAGGUUGCCAUCUUCGGACCCCCCAACACCCUCUACGAAGGCGGCUACUUCAAGGCGCAUAUUAAAUUUCCUAUUGACUACCCAUAUUCACCACCUACCUUCAGAUUCUUGACGAAAAUGUGGCACCCCAACAUUUAUGAGAAUGGAGAUGUAUGCAUUUCAAUUCUUCAUCCGCCUGUGGAUGACCCACAGAGUGGUGAACUGCCCUCCGAAAGGUGGAAUCCUACUCAAAAUGUCAGGACUAUACUGUUAAGUGUAAUCUCAUUGCUUAAUGAGCCCAACACCUUCUCCCCAGCCAAUGUGGAUGCUUCAGUUAUGUUCAGGAAAUGGAGGGACAGUAAAGGAAAAGACAAAGAAUAUGCUGAAAUCAUUAGGAAACAGGUUUCAGCCACUAAAGCCGAAGCAGAAAAAGACGGAGUGAAAGUCCCCACAACCCUGGCGGAAUACUGCAUCAAAACUAAAGUGCCUUCCAAUGACAACAGCUCAGAUUUGCUUUAUGACUUGUAUGACGACGACAUUGAUGAUGAAGAUGAGGAGGAGGAAGAUGCCGACUGUUACGACGAUGACGAUUCUGGGAAUGAGGAGUCGUGACGUGCUCCUUCAAGAAGCCCCUGUACUGCCCUGCCAUCUCAGGCCAAAGGGAGGGGAGCAAUGGGGACCUAGCAGUGGCCCCUCAGCAAAAACCUAUCACAGGGGGUGGGGAAAACAAACACGGCUCCUGCUGACUCCCCUUAUGGAUCUCAGUUUGCUCCUUUUUAUGGACCUCUUAAUGGAGAGAAGGUAAUCCUCCACAGAAUGUCUGAAUUCUUGCAUUCUUUACCCUUCCAUCACUGUAUUGAUUUUUUUCCCCCUUCGGACCCAAACCCCUGCCUCACUUCGUCUCCACAAAGUGUUCACAGCAAAACAUGUUUGGUCUGUUUUUAGAUUCUUGAAGAAUUAAAUAGUCUUUCAUCAAGAUGUUUAAUGUGAUUAAAGCUGGGAACCCAUUGGGAGUUCACAAGUACUGCAUAUGCUGGUAGCAAAAGAAAAUGGGGGGAAAAAACGUAAAAAUCCCACAGAACAAACUUUAGAAAAAAUUGCCAAGGUUUAGCUGCUCCAUUUACAUUAGUGUGCGUGCAUUUGUUCAACCCCAUGGUGGUGAAUUUUCUUUCUUUCUCGUUUUAAAAGUCCGGGGUAUGGUGGGCAUCAGGGACUCUGUGCGAAGACUGAUGAAAUGUGUUCCUAAGGGCACAGAGCUCCUUCAGCUUCCAGGAAAUCAUCCUAACGCAGAGGCCUCAGCUGCUCUGAGGAUAGAAAUCAGAUUUUGGUUUUUGAAAUCAAUUGGGAUCUAAAGCUUGAAAUAAAUAUUCAUACUUUGCAUAGA